AUGAAGAAGUUUCUUCUGCUAGUGAGUCUGUAUCUGCUUGGAUCUGCCAGAGGAGCAUCAGGUCAACCUGUUGAGCUUCCUGGCUCUAUGGAUCAUCAAGCUUCAGUUCAGCAACCUUCAGGUGACUACUUUUCACUUGCAAACCCUUCAGAUGGUGAGGCUUUAUAUGAGACUUCUUCAGGCGAGAACACUUUGAGUGAGCAUGGUUCAAGUGAGCACACUGCGGUUGAACACGCUUCAGGUGAGCACGAUGCAGUCGAACAUUCUUCAGGUGAGCACGAUGCAGUCGAACAUGCUUCAGGUGAGCAUGAUGCAGUUGAACAUGCUUCAAAUGAGCAUGCUUCCAGUGAACAACCUUCUGGUGAACAGCCUUCGGGUGAAAAGCCUUCUGGUGAACAGCCUACAGGUGAACAGCCUGCAGGUGAACAGGUUGCAAGUGAACAGGUUGCAAGUGAGACGCCUUCAGGUGAACAGCCUGCAGGUGAACAGGUCUCAGCUGAACAAGUCUCAGGUGAAAAAUCACCAGGCGAACAGCCAUCAGGUGAACAGCCUUCAGGCAUCCCGCCUUCAAGCACAAUUUCAGGCCCAGUAUUAAAUUGCCACACAUGCUCUUAUAUGAAUGACCAAGGAAAAUGUCUUCGAGGAGAGGGAGUCUGCUCCACCCAGAAUUCCCAGCAGUGCAUGUUAAAGAAGAUCUUUGAAGGUGGAAAACUUCAAUUCAUCGUCCAGGGCUGUGAAAACAUGUGUCCAUCCAUGAACCUCUUCUCCCAUGGAACCAGGAUGCAAAUUAUAUGCUGUCGGAAUCAACCUUUCUGCAACAAGGUCUAG